AUGUUAACAGUAAAUUUUUUAGCAACAAAUAAUUUUAAGACAAAAUAUUCCGAUCUUUCUAAAGAUACAACGAUUGAUAGUCUUAAAAUACAAUUUUAUAGAGAACAUUCUUCAAAUUUGCCUUUGCCAUCUUCUGUAUUCAUUGAAAGUGAUGAAGAGUCAAAUAAUGAUAAUCAUGUAAAUAAUAAUAAUAAUAAUAAUAAUGGUGAUAAAGAAGUUGAAUUUAAAGAAAUUAAUCAAAGUGAUGAAAAAGUUGUUGAAGAAAAAACCAAUCAUUAUUCAAGAGCACAUUCAUCAAUUAUUCAUUCACAUCAAAUUAGAUUUAUUUUCUCUGGUAAACAAUUAGAGAAUUUUUCAACACUUGAGGAAAAUAAAAUUGAAAAUGAUUCAACUAUUAUCGUUGCAGUAUCACCAUUCCUUGUAAAUAUCGAAGAACAAUUCAUUCAACAUCAAAAGAAACAAAAUCAAAAAGAAUCAUCAAAUCAAGACCAAUCAGAUACAGUAUUCGUUGGUGUUGCUAAAAGAGAUCUCUCCUAUAUGGGUGGUACUAUUGAAGAGAAAAUAAAAUAUAAACUAUCAAUUAAUGAUCGUUCAUUUAAAUCAUCAUCAUUACAAUCAAAUUCUCAAGAAUUACAAAAAUUAGAUGAUUCAACUACCUUUAAUCUCUUGAGUAGAAUUAAUAAUUUCAAUGAUUCAACUAUAACUAAAGAUCAAACUGCAUCCCCAAUUAUUCCAAAUGUAAAUUUAAUUCCAUCAACUAAAUCAUUUAAUAAUGAUUCUAAACUUGAUUCAACAUUAGAAACUAGUUUAGAUAGAUUAUCACUUUAUGAAAUUCCAAGUAGAGAUAAAAUGGAUUAUUUAAAUUCAUCAUCACCACCAACAAAUAAUCCUACUACUACUACUUCUACCGCAACAACAACAGCAACAGCAACAGCAACAACAACAACAACAAAAACUAAUCAAGAAAUUAUUAAACCAAAAUUAUCAAUUGAACAUUUUUCACCAAAUGGUGAAGUUUCAUUUGCUGAUUCAAUUUCAAUUAUGUUUAAUAGACCAUUCCUUGAUUUAUCAUCAAAUACAAAAGAAAUUGAACUUCCAAUUAAAAUAGUUCCACCAGUUAAAGGUGCUAGUUGGCAAUCAGUUGAUGGUAUUCUUUUUAGAUAUAGAUUACCAACAUCUGAACCAACAACAACAACAACAACAACAUCCUUUGGAUUAAAUUCAUCACAACCAAACUUUUUCCCAUUAUCAACAACCUAUAGGGUAUCGGUUGAAUGUUCAAACUUUAAAAAACUUUUCAAAGAAGAUAUUGCUCCAUUAGAAUAUUCAUUUACAACUUCACCACAAUCAUUACUAAAUUGGGAAUUUAAUAAUGAUUUAAUCUUACCACAAAUCAAAUUAACAUUUUCACAACCAAUUGAUUGGAGUAAAUCUUCUGCCAUUGCAAAUUUAUUUUCAAUUAAAACCAGUUCAAAAUUAGAUCCAAAACUCACAAAUCUUUCUUUUGUUCCAUUAAACACUAAUGAUGAAUCAUGUCAUUGGAAGAAACAAUUGGAGCAAAGUUCAACCACUGUUAGAGAUAAAAUAUUUUGUGUUUCAAUUACAUCAAAGAAUAUUAUAAAAUAUGAAUCAACCAUUGAAGUUGAUGUUAAAAUUGGUUCAAUCGCUUCAAAGGAAGGUCCAAAUUUUAAUCCAAUGAAAAAUAUAAUUGGAAGGAUUUUAACACCAUCAUUUCUUAGUAUAAAAGCUGAUUUAUUACCAGAGUCCAUAUUAAGUAAAGCAACAGAAGUUAGUUUUUCUUCAAAUAAUAUAUUGGAAUCUAAAAUUAUUCCUUCAAAUCAAUAUGACAAUUAUUUCUCAAUUAUACCAAAGGUUGAAAUUACUUCAGUCUCUAUAUGUGGUAAAAGUGUUCGUAUUUUUGCCAAAUUUAAACAUUCCCAAACUUAUUCAGUUUCGAUUAAAAAGUUUAAAGAUAUUUAUGGUCAAAUUGGUGAUUCUCAUGGAAUUUUCUCUUUUCCAAAUAUUCCAAUUAAAAUUUGGACUCAUCCAUCAAUUUCUUCAUUUACAAAUAAUUUUUAUAAUUUAGAUCCAAAUUCACAACCAAUUUUUAAAAUUAAUUCAACAGGUACAGAUCAAUUAAUUAUUAGAGCAUUUACAGUUUCAAAGAAAACAUUAAAAAGAAAAACAAAAAUUAGUGGAUCAUUAAAAGUUGAUGUUAAUAAAAUUAAAAAUGAAAAUGGUGAAUUUGAAUCAAUUUCAACAACUACAAUUGAUUUAGCAAGUUUCUUUGGUGGUAGAAAUGUUCAUAGUUGUAAAUUUCAAUUACUUCUUUUUUCAAUUUCAUAUCCUGGAAAUUUAAUUUCUCAAGUUUUUGAAAAAGGAGAUGAUGGUACACAAUUUUUAUUACAAUAUACACCAAUCAAUGUAAAUUCUUUUGAAGUUGGUAAUCAAUUCAUUAUAAAUGCAACCGAUUCAAUCUCUAGAGAAAAUUUAAAGAAUUUAUCAUUAAAAGUUUAUAAUGAUGAUGAUGGUGAUGAAAAAGAUAAAAAAUCAUUCAAACAAUACACGAUAACAGAUUCACAAAUUCAAUUAUUUGAAAAAUCUACAAUCGGUGGUUCUCAUAUGUUUAUUUCAACAUUGGAUGGUAAAAACAAAUGUUUAUAUCAAGUUCCUAUCAAUGAAAUCAAUAAGAAACCUUAUGAAUUCACUACCAUAAUUUUUGCCCAACAAGGAAUUUUUCGUCCUGGCGAUACUGUUAAUGUUAAAGGUACAAUUAGAGUUGUAGUUGAUGAAGGUGUAAUCUUACCAGAUUCAAAGUUUUUCUCAAAGUAUAUUGAUGUUUAUCAAAAUGAUGAUAUGGUAAAUAUAUCAUACACUUUAAAGGAUGCAAAGAAAAAAGAAGUUGCCAAAGGUAUAACAAAAUUAAAUGAAUUUGGUUGCUUUGAUCUAAAGUUAGUAUUACCAUUGGAUAUUAAUUUGGGUAACUGUUCAGUGGUUUAUAAAUAUUGUAAUGAAGAAUUCUCAUUCUCUGAUAUCAAUGUUCAAGAGUUCAAAUUGAAAACAUUUUUAUUGGAAUGCUCAAUGUCAACCGAAUCAAAUCGUGGUACCUUUGAAUUGGAGACACCAUUUGGUGUUGAAUUAUUUGCAAAAUCAUACACUGAUGAAAUUAUACCAAAUACAACUGUAGAUUGGAAAAUCACCGUAAGACCAUUGACACCAAUCCUCUCGAAUUUGGAUAAAGCUUUCAAUUACUUUAGACAUGAAACUGAUAAUAUGUAUUUUGGUGAGAGUUUUGCUUAUAAAAGUAAAAGAUCACCAAAUGGUAAACAUAAUUUAGAUUUGGUUCUUCAAGAAUGUUCACAACGUUGUGAAGUUAGAGUUCAUGCAACUGUAGCCGAUGCUUCAAAUAAUCAAGAGGAAAUCUCAAAGAAUUUUAUUGUAGAGAAUACUAAAUUCACAAACUUUGGUGUUUUAAGUUCCAGUUCAACGAUAACUCAUCUUAUUAAUGUCGGUCAAGAUUUCCAUGUUGAUAUGUCAUUGCGUUACUUUGACAAUCAACAAUCAUUUGAUGGUAAAAUCGAUGCAGAAAUUCAAAAGAUUCCAUAUGAAGAAGAUUUAUUACCAGAGAAUGUUCAUAAGAGUACAAUCAUACCACAUACUGAUACUCCUUUAAGAUUCUCUUAUCAAUUCAAUGAAACUGGUUAUUAUAAAAUAAAAUUAAACUAUAGUAAUGGUGGUGAACAAUUAUCUCAAUAUCAUACCAUUUCAUUGUUUGUAUUUGGUAAACAAUCUCAAGCAGAAUUAGAAUAUAAAGAAUGUACUGCACCUGUUAAACAAACAACUACAAACAACACCUCAUUACUCUAUGGAAAGGAAACAUUUAAAGCUAAACCAAAACUUGAUAUCAAUUGUUCAUUAGAUAAAGAGAUUUAUCAAUUGGGUGAUACAAUUAAAAUGUGUAUCUCUUCAAAAUCAUUGAAUGCCAAGGGUUACAUUUGUUGCUCCAAAGAGAAUACAAUCAUUAAUGUCAUACCAAUUCAAUUGAUUGAUGGUCAACAUGAUUGUAAAUUUGAAAUCAAUGAAAAAGUUUAUUAUCAACCAUUAUUCUAUGUUUAUUUAGAAGGUAGUUUGUUGGUGGAAAUAAAUGGUGGCCAAAAGGUUAAUCGUUUAACAAGUUCAUUCGUAAAGGUACCAGUAAAGAUUGAUUACACUGACAAGCUAUUGAAUGUUCAAGUUGAAAAAUGUAAUAAAUUCCAAUCUCCAUCAGAAGAAUCAAAUAUUACUAUCAGUGUAAAAGAUAAAAAUCAAAAACCACUCUCAAAUGCUCAUGUUUCAUUGAUUAUUGUUGAUCAAGCAGUUUUAGAUAUAACAAAGCAUUCAAUUAAAACCCAAUGGGAUCCAUUAAAUACUUACUUUGGAGAUGGUUCAUUUUUUAUUGGUAGAAAUAAAAUGAACUCUCUAUUGGACAAAACAAUCUAUAAUGAUCCAGUAGAAAUUAAAACCAUUGAAUUGGAUCUUGAAGAUUUCCAAGGCGAUAAUGAAUUACAAAUCAUUAAUAUUAAAUAUAUGGCAGGUAGAAUCAUUCAAUUAAAAGUAUCGGAUGAAACAACCAUUGGUGAACUUCAACAAAUGAUUAUGGACAGAGAUGGUCUUCCACCAUCAUCACAACGUUUAUUCUACUUGAAUAAACAAAUUGAUUCAAACGCAACAAUGAAACUUAAAGAAUUUUCAAUCGUUAAUAAAGCAACUCUUAAUUUGGUAAUCCGUUUACAUGGUGGUACAAAUACACCACCUUCAGAUGACAAACCACUAGCUCAAGAUUUGAAUAAACCAAUUAGAGUACGUUCAAACUUUAUGCCUUUGGCUUACUUUGGAAGUUUAAAUACCAAUCAAGAUGGUAAAGUAACAUUUACUUAUAAACUUCCAGAUAAUCUUUCAACCUUUAGAGUUAUGGCUUUGGUUCACUAUGGCAAAGAUCAAUUUGGUAGUUGUGAACAUACUUUUAUAUCAUCGUUACCAAUAAUGGUUCGUCCAAGUCCACCACGUUUCUUAAAUCAUAAUGAUAAAGCAAUAUUCCCAAUUAUGAUUUCAUCAAUCGUUGAUUGUGAUUUAUUUUUUAGUGGUGCAAUUCGUUCAAAUAAUUGUAACAUUGAAACCAAAGGAUUCAGUGGUGUACUUCCAGCAAAAUCUAGAAUCAUAUUCCCUGUCCAUGUUAAUGCUUUAGUUUCAAAUUGUAUUGCAGACUUUCAAUUUGUUGCAAAAACUCAAUUAUUAGAUCAUUCACAAGAGAUUUGUGAUGCAAUCUCAUUUAAAUUCCCUGUUUUCUCUUCAAGUGUAUUGGAGACAACAACUAUCAAUCAUAGUUUAGUAAAUUUGAAAUCAAAGAAAGAAAUUUCAUCUCACAACUUAAAACUUGAUAAUUGGAAAGAUUUAGAUCAACAAUUGGGUGGAUUAACAAUUACUCUAUCAAAAACUAAACUUCAAAAGAUUUCAUGUUCAGUUAAAGAUUUAUUACAUUAUGAAUACUCUUGCUCUGAACAAAUUGCUUCAAAAUUAUUAGCCCUCUCCACCUUUAUAAAGUAUCCACAUUUAUUAGAAGAAAAAGAUAUCAAAGCUUUAGGUCUUGAGAAUAUUAAAACCAAUAAGAAACCUUUGGAAGAUAUGGUUGAAAUUUUAAAGAAACGUUAUCAAUCAUCAGAUCAUUCAUUCACUUAUUUCGAUGAUAAAAAGAGUGGUUCAUAUGAAUUUGUUUCAGUAUUUGUUUACUUUGUAUUGAAUCAAAUCUCUGAUCUAUCGGAAGAAGCCAAAAAAUUGGCAUCAAAGGCUGAAGCUUACUUUUCAGGAUCUGCCAAUGUAAUGGUUUUUAAUAGAGAUUCUUAUGAAAAGAAUAAAUUCCAAUAUCUUUUAGGUAAAGCAUUUGCAUCAUUUGUCUAUGGUACCAUUAAACAAACCUCUGUACCUCAUACAAGUUUUAUUUCAAAGGUUUUACAAACUGCAAAAUUCGAUUUCUCAAAUAGCCAAUAUCAAGAGAUCUUUAUCUAUCUCUCACAAUUCUACAAGAGUCACCUCGAUUUCAAAAAUAUUUCAAACUAUGUUACAAUUACUGGUUCCUUGGCUUAUGUUACUUCUAGUCCAAUCUUUGGAUUCUAUGGGGAUACUCGUCUUCAGUCAAUUUUAAUACUUUCACUUUUAGAAAGUGGAAAGACAUCACAUAAAGAUCAUCCACUCUUGGAACGUUUAAUAAGUGGUUUAGCUCAUUUUGUAAAUAAAGAAGGUCGUUAUGGUACUACUCAAGCCAAUGCAUUCAAUAUCUUUGCAAUCUCUCAAUAUGAAAAGAUGAAAUUAUCAGGUGAAAAAGUUGAUCCAACAUUGGAUGCAAGUAUUAUUUUAGGAAAUCGCUAUUUGGAAAAGAAAAAAGUAACAAUUGGUGAUUCAGAAAAUUAUACAAUCACUGUACCUUUCUCUCAAAUCCUAAAGAAUCAAAAACCAUUGAUAAUUCAAAGAAAAACAAAAGGUACCCUUUAUUAUAGCAUAAAUCUCUCCUAUGCUUCAUUGAAUCCAAUCUCUAAAGCUAUCUUUAAUAGAGGUCUCAAUAUUAAAAGAACCUAUUAUCCAGUUUCAAAUUCAAAUGAUGUUAUUUAUCAUUCUCCAAUUGGUGUUGACCAACCUCAAACCAUUGAAAUCAAAGCAGGUUCAAGAGUAAAGGUAACACUUUCAAUAAAGGUCGAUCAUGUUUCUAGCUUUAUAGUUAUUAAAGAUAGAUUACCAAGUGGUUUGGAACCAUUACUUUCAAAUUCCUAUUAUCACAAUGGUUAUUAUUUCAAUCAUGUUAAUAAUCGUGAAAAUGGUGUUGAAAUUUAUUCAAAUCUUUUAUAUCCAGGUGUUUAUAAUUAUUCCUAUCAAACUAUUGCAAUUACACGUGGUACUUUUAUUUCACCAUCAGCAAAAAUUGAAGAAAUGUAUUGUCCUGCAACUUUUGGUCGUUCUUCUUCAGAAAUUGUAUUAAUUAAAUAA